AUGGAGGAGUCAGAAAGACCUUCGAAAAGGAUCAAAACUGCUCCUAGCACGUCACAAUUGUCAGACAACACUGUAUCCGUGAACAGUACUCAAGGCAAUGGUACAAGAUCUGGUACUACCAAUCCGAAAGGACGAGGCAAGAAGCAACACUAUGGCCCUUCAAAGAAAUCAGAUACACCACGAACGUUCUCUCAGCCUUCUGUGAUAUGCACUGGAGACAAGGGAAUAUUCGUCACCAGCGACAAAGGACGUGAGAAGAAAUGUCUACUCGAGUUGCACGAUCUCGUACUGGAAUAUAUCGAGAACCUGGGGGUCGAUGCAAGCGGCAGUUCUAUUACAGCGGAGAUCGCUCCGAAGGACGAGGAAGCUCAUUCAGCUGAAAGCACCGAAAGGCAAUUUCCUCAGGGCAUCGAAGCAGACGUCCAGGCAGAGCUCCAGGACUUGAAAGGCAAGACUACCACACCGUCAGACGAGCAAGGAAGAACGCGCAAAGUCAUGCAGCUGAUCACACUGGACAUACCCUGUGCGGCCGACAAGACUUCGCCACAGAAGAGCAGGUUCGUCAAGCGUCUUACGCCACUAAGUAAUCUGGGCAAGGCAUUGGGACAAGGACUGGAACGUGCUUGUGAAGAUGUGCUCACCAGCAAAUUUGGAGCUGAUCGCGAAGGCAAUAUUGCCGGUGUCAGGUUCUCUAUCAGGCCUACGAUACGGAACAACGAGCAGUUGGACAGAGAUCACAUCAUCAAGCUCGUUGCCGACAAAGUUCAGGAGGUGGGAAACAAUAGGCAUAAGGUGGAUUUGAAGCAUUACGAGAAGGGUAUAAUUGUGGAGGUAUAUCGUGGAUGGGUAGGAAUGAGCGUUGUUGACAACACGGAGAACGACCGCUACAACAUUGGCUAUGAGGGGUUGAGGAAGUUCAACCUGGCCGAGAUCUAUGCAAAUCGGUAA